CUUAAGGAUGUUUUAGCUGAGUGGCGAUCAUGGGAGCUGUAACAUUCUCUCUGUUGCAGCCGAAGUAGCAAGGCUCUUUGCUCCAUACAACAACAACAACAACAACAACAACAACAACAACAACAACAACAACAACAACAACAACAACAACAGCGGCGGCGGCGCCAGGAGACGGCCAGCACGGAGCCAAGUCAUCCGAAGAAGCUACACACACACUUUCUGUUGUUUGGCUGACAACAAGCUGAUAAAGUUCCAAGCAUUCAGCUUAAAGCAGACCUUCUUGCUUCAGGACUUGGAGAACAAAGGGUGAUCUUUUCAGGAAAUGACAACGAUCCCAUGGUUGUAACAAAUAAACUGAUGGAGGUGUUUCCAAAGCUGCAAGAAGGGGGAGGCUUUGAGUUUCUAAAAAUUGCAGGAUCUACUCGCAGUCGAAAUCUUGGACUUCUUCAAUGUCCCAGCACAGGAUACACCCUUGCCUAUCUAAAAGAUCCAUCUACAACAAUUGGACAGGCUACAAUUUACAUACGACCACUUCAACAGGACCUACCCAUUGAUUCAGUAUGGAAAUUUACACUGUCACCAUUUGAUACAUAGUUAAAAUAAAUUGCACUGUGGAGUUUUAAUCAAUACUUAACAGAUUUGUUGUUCUUAGGAAAGCUCGGGACAUGCCUCUGGUCCAGCCAUCUCAUGUAUCACUUGUCAGAAGGAGGUUCCCUUCUCUGAAAUGAAACUGCACCGAGCUAACUGUGAUGGACUGGAAGAUUAUUAAAGAACCAACUCUGGCUGCCCAAGUUUUCAAAGAUAAUCUACUAAGUGAACAUGCAACUGGGAAGCCUCUUCAACUGAAAAUGGAUGUAAGGGAGAGUGAGGAGGACAGGGAACGGGCACUUCUCUCAUUCUAUAAACAGCAACAGGAAUGGGCAUGUCCACUUCAUUGUACCCUUGAUGGUUAGUAGAAUAGAGUUCAUAAUAUAAAUAUAUAUGUUACAUUAAUAUCAAUUGUAUGUCUUAUAUGGAAUGGUAUUAGUGGUUUACUGGUCCCAUCAGGUAAUUUGGCUGAUAUUAAUCAUUAUAUGAUAAUCUGCAUUGGCUGUUCAUGCUGUCUGCAUAACAGUUAAUGUGUUUGUCCUUCCUUCCUAAAACUUGUCAAGCACCUAUAGCCUUGUUACAGCUUGUUUCCAGUGUGUUAUUAACAGUAUACAGUAUUCUUUUUUUUUUUUCAGGUGAUGCUGCUGUUGGACAGGGAGUGAUGUGGUACUUUCUGACAACAAUAAUAUCCAAACUCCAGUUUGGAUUCAGAAUGAAUCUUGGUAAAUGUGCUACUAUUCAGGUUAAUGUCAUGCAUUUUAAAAGUUAAUUGUUUGAUUUUAACCCCUGCUCUGUUGGUACUUACAGGAGGAGUGGGCCAAACUCUGCUAUUUGAAGGUGAGCCUGACCAUCUCGUUCCAGCUGCAUCAGAGGUGCUUAUUGAGAGCAACCUCGUCCGGGUUGCAGGAAGGAUGAUAGCCCACUCCUUUUUGCAUGAGUCCUGCUGUUAUUCAUGUACUGUUCAAUGGGGACCCUGAAAUGGCAACAAUUGUUGUCGAGGACUGUCCUGAUCUGCACAUCAGGAGUAUUAUAACAAUGCUUGAACUUGAAGAACUUACUCAGGAACAGAAGGACACAGUGUCAGAUCUUUCCCUGUCUUGGGAUCUCCCAGCAGUCACUAAAACGAAUCAGAGGUGGCUACAUAACAAACUUCUAGUACACGCGGUCAUCAGGAGGACCAUGCGCCAAAUUAAACAGUUGAGAAAUGGAUUGAAAGAUGUGAUGCUAUGGCCCCUGCUGACAUCUAGGCCAGAUGUUGUCCCACUUCUUUUUCCGAAAAUGGCAGGAAUGCAGUUUGUACCCCAGAUGUUCCUAGACAAAAUCACAUGGCCUGUGGAGGACAGUGAUGAUGAUGAAGAACUUGACAUUGAGUGCAAGUGCCGCAUCACUGGUUUUCUACGGAUGUUCAUUGAAACAGCUUCAUCAGAUACACUGGCCCAGUUUCUGAAAUUCUGGGUCGGCUGGGAAAUGCUCCCUCCAGAACUCAAAGUGGAGUUUUCCGGGGGAACCUUUCCAUCAUCCUCCACAUGCUUUGAAACACUGAAGCUGCCAGCUCAUUACAACACCUACAAAGACUUCGAGGAAGCACUUGUUGCUGCCAUAGACAGUGCACACACUGGAUUUGGUCUUGUUUAAGUAUUUUCAGGCAAUGAUGUUGCUAUGCUUUUAUUCAGUAGAAAAGGUCAAUUUGAGUGAAGUGAGUUCAGUGUUUUUCUAACAUUUAAAAUACAGUGCAGUAUUUUCUUUCCCUGAAAAUGAUACUGCUUUGUUGUUGCUCUUCUGUCAAUUGCUUGAUACUUCAAUGUGCAUCACCUUGCUGUCCUUGCCUGUUGUCAUUGGCUACAUGAGGUUGUUGAAAUAUCUCUAUGCUAGACAAAUUGGUUUUAUUUGCAUUAAAACAGCAUAUUAUUUCAGAUUUUUAUUGACAAAUCAAGUUAACUAAUUCAUGAGUGACAUUUGCACAUGCUAAAUAAAAUAAAAGGCCUGGUUAAGA